UUCGAUGUUGUUUGACUAGCUUACUGGUGGCUAUAUGUACAGCUGAUGUUCGCCUAACUUGAGGAUAUGCAGAACAGAUGUAUGGGGAUAUCUGAUGCACGCCUAAUUCGACAUCCACGCAAAACGUUAUAUAAAGAUAUCAUACUCUGAUUGUCAACUCACUUUCGCCAUCUCACCUCUCCGCCGAACCAUCUAUCCGUUGAAACGAAACAUCGAAAAGACAAAACCCAUCAACAUCAACCACCGUCCCUCCAACUUUUCCCUCCCCAGAGAGAAGGAAACCCAAAAAAAAAAUGCACAUCCUCCUCACAGGCGCAACCGGCCACAUCGGCCACGCAAUCCUCCAAACCCUCCUCUCCCACCCUUCAACAACCCACAUAACAACCCUAACCCGCCGGCCCUUCACACCUCCCACCCCAACCCCAAAACACACCAACAUAGUCCUAACGACUUUCUCGACCUGGCCCGAAGAAGUGCUAUCGCAGAUCAAAGACGCAGACGCCAUGAUCUGGGCAAUGGGAGCCUCCAACGCCGACGAAGCCGUAAACUACGAGUACCCCGUGGCGUUCCAGGACUCGUUCCUCGCCGCCCUCAACAACAACAACAAUACUUCUAAGAAAGACAAUAAGAGGUUUAGGUUUCUAUACCUUUCUGGCGCGCUCGCGGAAUCUGCUCAGGAUACUUCGCUGUAUUUUUUGGCGGCGGCGCGGAAGGUAAAAGGGCGGACUGAGACUUUUUCGCUCGAGUUUGCGGAGCGGAAUAGCAGGUUUUGGCGGACGUGGGUGUUGAAGCCCGGGGGUGUGUAUAAAGAGGGCAGCUGGGGGGAGUACGCGAGUUGGGGGCUGCCGAAGAAGUUGGGGAGUGUCGGGUGUGAGGAGUUGGCGGCUUUUGCGGUGGAUGUUGCGGUGAAAGGGGGUGAGGAGGAGGGAAGGGUUUUGAAUGAGAGGAUUGUUGGACGGGGGAGGGAGGUACUUGGACGGUGA